GCCCGUUAUCGUCACCGUUUUAGAAGCCCCAGCAGCAACCUUCCAUCUCCCGCGGCCGCACGCGCGCAUCACCGAGAUAUCGUCCCAUCCCGGCUUUGCCUCUCAGCAGUCCCUGCGGCCGCCUCUCCGCCGCUCCGAAAUCAAAGCCAAAGAUGGCGAUGAUGAAUCGAGUGCUUCACUCGCGUUUCCUCUUUCUUCCCAAAGCGCCCCUUGUAAGCCCGUUCCUAAGUCACGGCCGUUCAGAUUGCUGGAUAUCCAAGUUGUGUCAAGCACGUGUUAGAGUACCACCAAUUAGGAGAUUUAGCUAUGGAUUUAGUUCUUCUUCUACAUCACAAGGUGUGUGCUAACCUUUUCAACACCUGUAGGUUGACCCUGUAUGAUGAAUAUAAGAUCCGGUCUCAUCGUAUCUUAGAUUUGACAUCCAAGAAAUGUGUUCCAUGUGACUCAAAGGAUGUUCGGCCAAUGUCUGAACAGUCAGCAAAUGAACUACUUGCACAGGUACAAGGUUGGAAUUUAUUGAGUGAAGAUGGUGUUAUGAAGCUGCAUCGAUCAUGGAAAGUGAAGAGUUUCACAAAAGGGUUGGAGUUAUUUCAGCUCGUGGCAGAUGUUGCUGAGGCAGAGGGUCAUCAUCCUGACCUUCAUCUGGUUGGUUGGAACAAUGUCAAAAUUGAUAUAUGGACUCAUUCAGUUGGAGGAUUGACUGAAAAUGAUUUCAUACUCGCUGCUAAGAUCAAUUCUCUCCAUGUCGAACAUCUUCUAAGAAGGAAAGCUGCUGCUUAGGAAUAUGCAUUUGGAAUUCAUGUGGUGACGUGGUAUACAAUUAAACUUCUGCUCUGCUUAUAGAGGUUACUAGUUACAUUUUUAGCAUAGCAUAUGUGGGCGAUGAGAUUAUUGCAUAGGCCAAACUUUGUCUUUUUUUGAUGCAAGGGCCAAACUUUGUCAUGCAUAUCUUGCUUCUGUUUUAGGCAAUGGCUAUCCUAUGGAUCAUCAUACGAACCUAUUUAUUUUAGAAGAAAUUCUACAAUAGUUGAUGGAUUUGUGAAUA